AUGGCGGCAGCACGGUUCGUGGUUUACAGCUACAAAUACGUGCACGAGGAUGGCCGAGUGUCCUACCCUUUGUGUUUCAUCUUCUCCAGCCCUGUGGGCUGCAAGCCCGAGCAACAGAUGAUGUACGCCGGAAGCAAAAACAGGCUGGUGCAGACGGCAGAGCUCACGAAGGUAUUUGAAAUCCGCACCACUGAUGACCUCACCGAGGCCUGGCUCCAAGAAAAGUUGUCUUUCUUUCGUUGACCUCCGGGAUGGGUACUUGAAUUCCUGAUGUCUGAGUUCCCAAGGGGACUGGGGAUCCGGACCCCCAGGACCUGAACAUCCAAGACCAUAAAGAAAUUAAAAAUGCAAGAACUC